UCAGUGGUUGUCAAUUAUUACGAGAGAGACGUUAUGAGUGUGGAGUGUGUGUGUGUCUCAGCUUAAGUAAGGACUAUAAUAGGUGGCUAGGCUCAAUUUGCCCGGCGGUGACUGUGAAAGAGACGGAGAAAACCAGUUAAGAGUAGGAAAAAAAAAAAAAGAAAAAAAGGAUACAGCAGCGCUGUCCUGCACAAAGCUUAUACAAAGUCGUUCAACAACAUCGUUCGUUAAGAGGUUGUUAAUUUUGUGGAAAUAUUCAAGUUCAUUUGGGGCGAAUCGCUUGCGACGAAAUACCAAUCGAACAAUCCAAACCUUGGAUAUACGGAUACACGAAAGAGAAGAAGAAAAAAAGAAAUUGAGUCAGUAUCAGUGAUAAAGAGGAGGGGUUUUAAGAGACGGUUAGUGGCAGUGUCAAAAAUGCCUUCAGCAACUGCUAGACGAAUGUAUGAGGAUCAAAUACCGUCAUUCAUGUCGAUUUUCGAUCCUGAGACAGAUAACACUAUUGACGAGAGAGGAUUGGUAACUGUGGUAGACCCUAAGUUGAUGGAGAUGGACUCUUCAUGCGCACAUGGACACCUGUCUGGUGGGUUACCACAACAACAUGCGUUACGGCCCUUACCGACAGAUCCUUCGCACCGUCACCACGACAGCACUUCAACGCAAAACUCUGAGUCUGCAGAUUCUUCCCCAACAACGACCUUAACAACAGAUACAUCUUCCCUUUCCGACCCGUCACCGUCAUCUUCUCCCGACUCGCCUGUCAAUUUGAUACCUUUAAAUUCUUUUCCAGGUACCAAUUUCGGAGGUUUGCCGUCCACAAUGAAUAACCUCACCGUCAAUGACCCUACCAUCCGGGAGCGACCCAUGACGUCUCCUUCCCCGAGGCGAAGAAAUAUGAAAGGUCUGUCAAUUCAACCGCCGUUCAUGAGCUCACUUUCUUCCAAUUUGGUAUCCGAACCUUCGUCGCCUUCCUUUAUUAAACCAAAGAUUCCUGCCAUGAAGCGAAAACCUAGUCAGCUCAGUCUCAAGACUGAUUCAACCGGGCUUAACAUUCGACCUACUAUCCUCGAAGUCCCGAGUUCACCUGCCCUUCCGCCGAUUCUGCAACGCAGAUCCCUAAAACACUCGACAUCUUCGCCUCACAUGCUUUCUGGAUUGAAGUCGUCCACUUUCGGUCCAGCUGGUGGCAUGACUUUCCCAACUGUUCUUGAGCGUGGUACCUCAGGUUUGUCUGAAGUAUUACGUCCGACAAAACAGGGAAAUCAUUGCCCAGGUUUUGAUACUACUAUCCUUGAGGAAGAUUCGCCUAUCAAGACGCAGCUAGCGAAUCGCGCUGCGAUGGAUUUCGAGCCGUUUAUCGAGCCGGAAAAUAACGAAGAUCAGAAGUCACCAGGUUAUCCUGAUGGUCCUAUCGCCAUCUAUGACGACAAUGUUUAUCUCUACUUAGAACCCACCGCGGAAGAAGCAUCUAAAUUUGAUGUGGUAAUAAAUGUAGCUCGCGAGGUGACCAAUCCUUUCCAGGCUACAAACAAGAAUUUUAGAAUGAGCCAGAUCGAAUCACCUAUUCCCGACACCGCUAUGACAAACGACAGCUUCGCCACCGCGUUUGAGUAUCCUCCCUCGGGUGAGUAUUCGGAAACACCGACAACUCCAAAGGCGACUAACGCCAUUUUCGAACCCGAAUAUAUCCAUAUGCCGUGGGAUCAUAAUACCGAUAUCGCUACAGAUCUCAUGAUGCUUUGCGAGACAAUCGAGAAGCGCACAAGGGAAGGAAAGAAGGUUCUUGUUCAUUGUCAGCAGGGCGCGAGCCGUUCGGCCAGCUUGAUCAUCGCAUACGGUCUUUACCGAAACCCCGGAUUGACUGUUAAUGAUGCUUACUACGCUGCGCAAUCGAAGAGUCGAUGGAUCAGUCCGAAUAUGCGAUUGAUGUACUGCUUACAAGACUUCCAGAAGGAGGUGGGCAAGAAGAGGCUAGCUCCUCGAUCUGCUGCGGGACCUCGAAGCGGCAGAAGCCCUACAAAACAUCACCGUCUUACACUCUCGGCCAAUGCGAUUGAUAUGCAACCGAAAGAACCAAUGACGGCGCCAUUGCCAGACGAGGAGGGAAGUGUCAAUGGCUCCAGCAGAGAACGUGCACCGAGUCAUUCUCGUGGGAAAUCUACUCCGAACCUGGAAUCUAUGUAUCCCGGCCCAUCGUCUGCUCCGUCAAGCUUCUCUUGGUCUGAAAAGGAAGAUCCACAAGAUCCUGGCAAGCCUGGACGCUUCAACUUUGGUAGCUCGCUUGAACCACCUCGGUUUUUCGAACCCACUCCCCAGCCGAGCCAGACAUCUUCACUUAAACCGGCUUCGUCAUUUUUCAAUCCGCCUCCGUCACCCGGAUUCUUCAGACCUCCCCCGUCUCCAGGAUUUGGUCCUAAUGGUCCUUCAGGCUUUGGAUUCGGCUUCAAUUCUUGCUCUAGUUUCGAGGAACGCAUGGCAGAGCCAAGUAACGGACGAGAUCUACCAAGAGAUCUACCAAUCGUAUCAGCCCCGCCUGAUGAUGAUGAUGACGACACUCUCAUGUCGCCUAGAGCAGAAACUAUGACUAGCAAUCCUCUGCACGACUCCUAUUCGGAGAUGUCUGGCGUGAAAUUUCUCGAGGUUCCUCCUACCCCUAGUGAAGGUCUCUUCUCCCCGCGACAAACCAUGUUCCCGCGCGAUCCCUUCUUCCCCUUUGGACGUCCUACUCAGAUCGCCGACCCGAGAAGCCCACCUACUAAGGGUGAAACACCUAUCGUUCGAUCCAUCGACGACGUAUUAUAGUACCUUCUAUCAGUCGCAAAUUAUUGAUGUGAUAACGCGGCGUAUGCUAUACGAAAUUCACAUACACUCUGAGCCCAAGACUGAGU